CGGCCAGAUCAAACAGGCACUCGGAGCAGUUCAACCUCGAGCUGCUGACAUACGAGACGGAAGCGGAGUCCGGUGAGAAGGGUUCCGCCAUGGCGACGGAUCUGAAGUCCGCGGAAGAGGGGGCGGAGCAGCCGACCCACGCAGCACAUCUUCUGCAGGCCACUGUAAAAGCAGGGACCGACAUCGUCGGCAGAAACAUUCGCGAGAUCGGGUUUCGCGGCCGCUUCCAUGCCGCGGUCCUCUCCGUGAAACGCGGCCACGUGAAACAGCCGGGAAAACUGGGUGACGUUAUCGUCCAAGGGGGCAACGUGUUGGCGACUGAGAAGAAGACCGUGGCAGACGACAUGGAGUUCGGGCGCUUUUUCAAGGAGAUCGAGCCGCUGGACCUGACCCUCGAGAAGGAGUUCCUCUCUGGCAUGAGGGUGACUAGCAAGUUUUCCGGCAUCGGCAGGACGAUCACGGAAGCCGGCCUGCGCGGAAUUGAGGGCCUUUACCUGGUCGGGAUCGAUCGCGCAACCAGCGAGUCGUUGAGAGUGGUGCAGCCAGAGACGAUCAUGCAGAUCGGUCAGCUCAAGGUCGGGAUCCUCGAACGACAACUCGUCCAGGUUUCCAUUGCCCACGACAGCCCUAUCUCCGGCCAAACCGUUCGGCAGUCCGCUUUCCGCACCAAGGACAACGCCGCUGUUCUGGCAAUCCAUCGCCAGGGUCAGCGCCUUUCCGCUGACGUGCAAGACAUUCCGCUCCAGCCGGGCGACGUCGACACCGGAACGAGCUUUCCCAAGCGCUUCAAGGGUGACCGUGCCUUCUCAAUCAUCAAGGGCGUCUCGGAAACGUCACCGCUCAACUCGAACAAGAUGUGGAUCGCGAUUGGCCUGGCAGCCGCUAUGAUUUCUACACAGAUCGCGAGCGGAGCAGCGGAUGCUGUCCCGGAAUACUUCGACCUGUUCACUGCGGGAAUCAUCACGGCGGGGCUCGUGCUUAUCGCGAGCGGAGCCUCGGACGCCGUCCCGGAGUACAUCAACCUGUUUACUGCGGGAAUUUUUCCGGCGGGGCUUAUGCUUUUAGCCGGCUGCUUCAACGGGAAGCAGGCGCGUGGCAGCACUGACUGGCGCGUAUACAUAACCAUCGGGUUCUCGACGGCUAUGGAGACGUCGGGCGUUGCGCCGGCCAUUGCUGACGACGUCUUCACUGAUAUCAUUGAGUAA